UCUUCGACUGACUAGGGCUUUGGCCAUUACUAAUGUCAGCAUUGGCGGGGUGCGUGCUCCUUCGCCCCUACACCCAGUCCCCCAAGGAGCUGCUUGUUCGCCCCCGGGAGGCGUGGGGAGCGCGGCGCGUGCCGCCGCGCCUCCUUGCUCCCCGCGGAAUGGGAAGGCGCUCCAGCAAGAUCGCUGCCAGGAAGGGAGCGCAAGCGGCAAGGAAGAUGAAGAGGAACCAAAGAAUUGGCAAGCAGAUCGCAAAAGCCGUUCGCGACGGCGGGCCAAAUCCUGCGUCCAAUCUGGUGCUGGCGUCGCUGCUGCAACAGGCCAGGGAGUGCAACUAUCCCAAGGAGCACAUUGACAAGCACCUGAGGAAGGCCACGGACAAGGAUCAGCAAGACUACACCGAAUGCAUCUACGAGGCUUAUGGCUUUGGAGGCGUUGGGCUUGUCAUGGAGGCCCUCACAGACAACCCCAACCGAGCGUUUGCCAGCAUCCGGGACGUGGUGAAGAAAAGUGGAGCCAAGAUGGCGGACUCCGGUUCGGUCAUGUUUGGAUUCAAGCGAGCAGGAGUAAUUGCGGUAAGGCCGGACAAAGUGGAUGCCGACCACCUCUUGCUUGCAGCAAUGGACGCGGGCGCGGAGGAUCUCAUCGCCCCUGAGCCCUGCCAUGAAGAAGAUACGGACGGAGCGGCAGCAGAGGAGAGACACUACAAGGUUGUGAUGCCGGUUGAGGAGUUUGGAGCCGUCAAGACGAAACUGAGCGAGGCCGGAAUCAGCAUGGACCUGGAAAGCUCUGGGCUCGAGUUUUUACCCGUGGCACCUGUGGAGGUGGACGAUGAAGCAAUGGAGCUCAACAGAGCCUUGACAGACAUGUUACUGGAGCUCGAAGACGUGGACGCUGUUUAUUCCACGCAAAAACAAAUAAAAUUUUGAUAAACCCUA